AUGAAGACCCUAAUGCGCCAUGGUCUGGCAGUGUGUUUAGCGCUCACCACUAUGUGCACCAGCUUGUUGCUCGUGUACAGCAGCCUCGGCGGCCAGAAGGACCGACCCUCGCAGCAGCAGCAGCAGCAGCAGCAGCAGCAGCAAGCAGCGGCGACCGGCAGCGCGCAGCCGUCGGCGGAGAGCAGCCCCUCGUCGCGCCCCAGGGUCCCCGCGGGACCGCGACCGCUGGACGGAUACCUUGGCGUGGCGGACCACAAGCCCCUUAAAAUGCACUGCAGGGACUGUGCCCUGGUGACAAGCUCCGGACAUCUCUUGCGCAGCCAGCAAGGGCUCCAGAUAGACCAGACGGAAUGUGUCAUCCGCAUGAAUGACGCCCCUACUCGGGGCUACGGGCGCGACGUGGGCAAUCGCACCAGCCUGCGGGUCAUCGCACACUCCAGCAUCCAGAGGAUUCUCCGCAACCGCCACGACCUGCUCAACGUGAGCCAGGGCACAGUGUUCAUCUUCUGGGGCCCCAGCAGCUACAUGCGGCGCGACGGCAAGGGCCAAGUGUACAACAACCUGCACCUCCUGAGCCAGGUGCUGCCCCGGCUGAAGGCCUUCAUGAUCACGCGCCACAAGAUGCUGCAGUUCGAUGAGCUCUUCAAGCGCGAGACCGGCAAAGACAGGAAGAUCUCCAACACUUGGCUCAGCACUGGCUGGUUCACAAUGACGAUUGCGCUGGAGCUGUGUGACAGGAUCAAUGUUUAUGGCAUGGUGCCCCCAGACUUCUGCAGGGAUCCCAAUCACCCCUCUGUCCCUUAUCACUAUUACGAACCUUUUGGACCAGAUGAAUGUACAAUGUACCUCUCCCAUGAGCGAGGACGGAAGGGCAGUCAUCACCGCUUCAUCACAGAGAAACGAGUCUUUAAGAACUGGGCACGGACAUUCAAUAUUCACUUUUUUCAACCAGACUGGAAACCGGAAUCACUUGCUAUGAACCAUCCUGAGAAUAAACCUGUGUUCUGA